AUGGAGCCGGAGAGAGUGCAAGAAAUUGCUAAUUUGUCCAAAGAAACAAUCCCUGAAGAGUUCAUCAGGACAACAAAUGAGCAACCAGGGCUGACAACCGUUCAGGGGACCGUGCUUGAGGUCCCGAUCAUCGAUCUCAGCGACCCUGAUGAAGAAAAAGUGAUACAAGACGUUGUGAAUGCGAGCCGUAACUGGGGGAUGUUCCAGGUUGUGAACCAUGGGAUUCCUGAGGAUACCAUAAGGAGGCUGCAAGAGGUUGGCAAGGUUUUCUUCGAGCUCCCACAAGAAGAAAAGGAAGUUUAUGCCAAGCCUGCUGGGUCUCAAAGCAUUGAAGGCUACGGAACAAAGCUUCAAAAAGAAAUACAAGGGAAGAAGGCUUGGGUUGAUCAUCUCUUCCAUAAGAUUUGGCCUCCUUCUGAAAUCAACUAUCAAUUUUGGCCAAAAACCCCACCUUCUUACAGGGAGGCAAACGAGGAAUAUACAAAGCACAUGCAUGGGGUGGUAGACAAGCUAUUCAGAUGCCUGUCAUUAGGGUUAGGGCUAGAAGGGCAUGAGAUGAAGGAGACUCUGGGUGGCGAGAAUUUGGUGUACCUUCUCAAAAUCAAUUACUAUCCGCCGUGUCCUCGGCCUGACCUAGCUCUCGGCGUGCCGGCUCACACCGACAUGAGCUCCCUCACCAUACUGGUGCCCAAUGAUGUGCAGGGCCUCCAAGCUUGUAGAGAUGACCGUUGGUAUGACGUGAAGUACAUCCCUAAUGCUCUCAUUAUUCACAUUGGUGAUCAAGUCGAGAUUGUGAGCAAUGGGAAGUACAAGAGCGUGCUUCACAGAAGCAUAGUGAAUAAAGAGCAGACAAGAAUUUCAUGGCCAUUGUUCUUGGAACCACCAUCAGACUUAGAAGUAGGGCCUCACCCUAAGCUCAUCAAUGACGCAAAUCCACCCAAAUUCAAAGCCAAAAAGUACAGUCAAUAUUGUUACUGCAAGCUCAAUAAGAUCCCCCAGUAA